AUGGAGAGUCCCCUGGUCUUAUCGAUUUUGGUAAAGCACUGGCCGACAUGCCUAGUUGGGGCGGUGAUCCUGGUAAGAGCCUGCGCCCCUCAAAUCUUGGAAGAUGCAGAUCUGAUUGAAAGGCAGACCAUCGGCUAUGCAAGACUCACUAGCCCUUUGUCACAUCUGCCCGGCCCUGAGAUAUCCAAAUGGACCAGUGCGGUGUAUAACUAUCACUACUUGAACAAAAGAGCGCCGGUAUAUAUCCAUGCGCUCCAUCAAAAAUAUGGCCCAAUUGUACGAGUCGCUCCAGACCAUGUCGAUAUCUGCGACAUCAAGGCCGUGAAGGAGAUCCACAAGACAAAUGGCCGCUUCCUCAAGACCAACUUUUACCGCAAGCUAGUGUCAGGGGCGGUACACAACAUUUUUAGCACGAUCGACCCAAAGUUCCAUGCGGAGCAUCGACGCCUUUUGGCGUCCCCGAUUUCGGAUUCAUCUCUCACCCGUCUCGAGCCUUCGAUAGCUGACAGGGUCGGUCUGACCAUUAGACGAAUGGCCGAGGAACAGGACGCCCGCGGAGCGAUAGAUGUCUUCAAGUGGUGGCUCUUCAUGACCAGUGACAUCAUCGGGGAGCUCAGCUUCGGAGAGUCGUUUGGCAUGCUCGAAUCAGGCAAGAAAAACCAAUAUAUUUUCGACUUGGAGAGCCUGUCAUCCGUUGGAGCUAUCCUAGUCACAUUCCCUUUGUUGAUCAAGAUCGCAAGAACUCUCCCCCUCCCCUUCUUCAAAUCAACUGCCGAGGCCGGGAAGAGACUUGGGAUGUACUCAGCGCAGUAUGUCAAACAGUAUCAGGAUCAAAUAUCUCGGAAUCCCUCCGAGGCGAAACCCACUCUCUUCACCAAGCUUUUCAACACGGAGAAAAGUGGGAUGACCUUCUCAGACAUUCGGCAAGAGGCCCAGGCAUAUAUUGUUGCCGGAAGCGAUACCACUGCAGUCACCUUGACUUAUCUUACUUACCAUGUUUGCAAGAACCGUCAAGUGAAAGAGAAGCUUUUGGCCGAGCUAGCCAACGUCCCCGAGCCCGUGACAGACCGAAGCCUCCGCGAGCUGCCCUAUUUGAGCCAGGUGAUCAGCGAGACAUUGCGACUGUACUCAGCUGUCCCUGCCGGGUUGCCCCGACUUGUACCGAGCGAAGGAGCCACCUUCAAUGGAUUCUACAUCCCGGGAGGGCUUACAGCAGCCACGCAGUCCUAUAGUCUUCACCGGAAUCCCGCUAUCUUCCCCGACCCCGAACGCUUUUACCCCGAGAGAUGGGAAUCCCCCACCCAGGAGAUGAAAGACGCAUCGCUGCCAUUUGGGGGCGGCUCACGAAUUUGUCUGGGAAUUCAUCUCGCCCGCAUCGAGCUCCGCCUGGCUACUGCUCUCUUUUAUCGAACAUUCCCUGAUGCUCGAGUGUCCACCCAAGAGGGUAUGUCCGACAGUGACAUGGAGAUGGCAGCCGUGUUCCUCAUGGCCCCCAAGGGCCAUCGCUGCCUCAUUGAGGUGUAA